UAUUUAUCAAAUCCUGUCAAACUAAUUUAUUUACUAUACAUACUAUAAUAACAGUGAAAGUGAAAACAUUGGAUUAAAUGUGAAGUUGAGUAAAACAUUAUAUAGAAACAAAAAUAAACGGCUUUUAGCACAUAAUGCAAUGAUCCUCUUAAAACAUAAGAUAAAUUAUUCCCUUUUAUAUCAAAAAAUAAAAGUUCAUAAAAAUAGAUACCUUGCAACUUUUGGCAAUGCAGAUUUUCAAAAUUCAAAAAAUGUUUUUCAACGAAGAGAGUUUGAACCAAGAACACCAGAUCCUGAUUAUAUUCCACCAGUUCCUGAACAUGCCCGAGUAGUUGUUUGUGGUGGUGGUAUCAUGGGUUCAUCAGUUGUUUAUCAUUUAGCCAAAAAUGGUUGGGGAAAGGAUACUGUUUUAAUAGAACAAUCAAAAAUUUCUGAUGGGAACCCUUGGCAUGAAAGUGGUCUUGUUGGUAGAUUCUAUCCAACUAUAACUGAAAUAAAAUUAGCACAAUAUUCAUACGAUUUGAUACGAGAUUUAACGAAAAAUAAUCAUCCAACUGGAUGGAAAGAAGUUGGUUCAUUAAAUGUUGCAAGAACUUUCGAUCGAAUGACCUGGUUUCGUCGUAUGAAAUCGAUUGGCAAUGCUUUUGGAAUACAAUCAGAAAUCUUAUCUCCAAAAGAAUGUAAAGAAAAAUGUCCUCAUAUUGAAUUUAAGGAUCUUGAAGGUGGUCUUUGGCUUCCUUCAGAUGGAGUAUGCAACCCACAUUUACUUUGUCAAACAUUUGUUAAAGAAGCUCAACGAAUGGGAGCUUCUAUAAUAGAAAAUUGUGCUCUUAAAAGAGUAAAACAAACUGAUGGAAAAGUAAGUGGUGUGGAAACAACGUCUGGAAAUAUAUCGUGCGAAUUUUUUGUCAAUUGCACUGGAUUUUGGGCGCACUAUAUUGGAAGACUUUCAGAUCCCCAAGUUAAAAUACCUCUCCACCCAGUACAAGUUCAUUUUUUACAUACAAAGCCUAUUCCGUGGUUACCAGCGGAUAUGCCAGUUAUAAGAGACAUGGAUGGAAAAAUUUAUAUACGAGGUAACGAUGGAACUAUUUUAGCUGGAGGUUUUGAAUUAGAAGCUAAACCAGCAUUUGAAGAUGGUAGAGUCCCAACUGCCCAGUCUGAUAGGGAACUACCGCCAGACUGGGAUCACUUUUAUGAACUAUUAGAAGAAAUUCUUAAAAGAAUGCCAUGUCUUGAGGAUGUUGUAAUAGAUAGGUUAACAAAUGGACCGGAAGCUUUUUCACCUGAUUGUAAAUGGAUUGUGGGAGAAAGUCCAGAAAUUAAGAAUUAUUUUAUAUCUGCUGGUAUGAAAACCAUUGGAGUUUCAGGUGCAGGAGGAAUCGGUCGUGCUAUAGCAGAUAUAAUUGUUAAAGGCUUUUCAAGAAUAGAUGUGCACUUGCUAGACAUUUCAAGAUUUCUUGGACUACAUAAUAAUCGUAAAUUUUUAAAGGAACGAUGUAAAGAAGUUCCAGGUUUGAAAUACAAAAUUCCUUAUCCAUUCGAUGAAUUCAAAACUGGUAGAAAUUUGCGAAUGUCUCCUAUUUAUCCCUCUUUGAAAGAAGCUGGUGCUGUCUUUGGUCAAACGAUGGGUUAUGAAAGACCCAACUAUUAUGAUCCACGUGACAAAUUAGAUGAACUCGGUCUUCCAAGGUUUCGAAUAGCAGAAACAAAUACUUUUGGUAAACCUCCAUGGUUUGAAUUUGUUUCAGCAGAGUACAACGCCUGCAGGGAAAGAGUUGGUCUUGCUGAUUACAGCUCAUUUACAAAGUAUGAUAUAUCAUCAAAAGGUCGGGAGGUCGUUGAUUUUUUGCAAUACUUGUGCUCAAACGACGUAGAUGUCCAAGUAGGUUCAAUUAUUCAUACCGGUAUGCAAAAUAAUCAUGGUGGAUAUGAAAACGAUUGUUCAAUAGUACGACUUUCAGAAAAUCACUAUAUGUUGAUCGCUCCAACGAUUCAGCAAAAGCGAUCUCUUGCUUAUAUUCGUCGUCACAUAUCUCCUGGGUCUGGAAUAAACAUAACAGACAUUACCUCUAUGUACACCGCCAUAUGCAUUUUAGGGCCCUACACAAGAGCAUUGCUCUCAGAACUCACAGAUACUGAUUUAUCACCAUCCAAUUUUCCAUUUUUUACUUACAAAGAAUUAGAUGUAGGUUUAGCAAAUGGAGUUCGAGCAUUAAAUAUAACCCAUACCGGAGAGCUAGGGUACGUACUAUAUAUUCCAAACGAAUUCGCAUUACAUGUCUAUUCAAGAUUAUGGGAAGCUGGACAACGUUACGGGAUUCAGCAUGCCGGCUACUAUGCUACAAGAACUCUAAGAAUAGAAAAGUUUUUUGCAUUUUGGGGUCAAGAUUUAGACACCUUUACAACUCCUUUAGAAUGUGGCCGGACAUGGAGAGUAAAACUCAAUAAAGACAUAGAUUUCAUUGGUCGUGAAGCACUGUUAAAGCAAAGGGCGGAAGGUGUUAAAAAAAUGUAUGUACAACUGCUUUUAAAUGAUCAUGAUCCCGAAAUUGAUUUGUGGUGUUGGGGUGGCGAACCAAUUUAUAGAAAUGGUAAAUAUUCUGGUAUGACAACGACGACAGGUUAUGGUUUUACAUUGAAAAAACAAGUAUGUUUGGGCUUCAUAAAAAAUUAUGGCGAAAAGGGUGAAUCACUUCCAGUAACAAAUGAUUUUAUACUGUCCGGACACUAUGAAGUAGAAGUUGCUGGUUUAAGAUUCGAAGCAAAAGUAAAUCUACAUUCACCUAACUUACCAACUAAAUUUCCGGAUCGAGAACGUGAGGCAUAUAAAGCUACAAGGGAUAAACCAGUUCAGGGGGACAUUUUAUCAUAUAGAACAUAAAUUUAACUAUUAAAUGAGAAGGACAAUAAAAAUUAUAACAAAGUUUCUAGAAAUUAAGGAAGCUUGUUACAUUUAGUUAACAUUUAUUUUAUAUCAAAGAAAAUGGGAAAUUUUUGUCAUUUCGAAACUUUUUAGAUUUUUAAUACGGUCAAUUAGAAAGUGAUAAAUAA